UACAACUUGUCUUUUUCGGUCCUAACCAAACUUGGUGCCUCACUUUCCCGCGUCUUCUCCUCGACUACCACCGCGUCUAUCUGCUUCUCCCGAGCGUCUUUUUCAACCGAUUUUCCUUCCUUCGAGCGCGCAUCUCGACUCACCCGGCCGUCCACACUAGUCCCAUCCAUCCGUGGAAACACACACACACACAAAACGCAAAACACACCCACGCACACACAGACAAGAUGGGUGAAUCCAGACAGGAACUUAUUCAGUGGUUGAACCAGCUGCUGUCCCUCAACAUCACAAAGGUCGAGCAAUGCGGUACCGGCGCCGCCCUCUGCCAGGUGUUUGACAGCAUCUUCAUGGAUGUCCCCAUGUCCCGAGUCAAGUUCAACGUCAACAGCGAAUAUGCGUACAUCCAGAACUUCAAGGUGUUGCAGAACACCUUUGCGAAGCACCAGGUCGACAAGCCCAUCCCCGUCGAAGCGCUGGUCAAGUGCAAGAUGCAGGACAACCUCGAGUUCCUUCAAUGGACCAAGAAGUUCUGGGACCUGAACUUCCCCGACCACGAGUACGAUGCCGUCGCGCGGAGAAAGGGCGCCCCCGUCCCCUCGGGUGGCGGUGCCGCGCCCCGCACGGCGUCCGGUACCGGUACCGCUGCUAGACGAGGCGGCACCACUCCCCUGGGCGGCGGCCGUGUGGCUAAGGCGGCCGGCCCCGGCACGGCGGCGCUUCAGCAGGAGAACGCCACGCUCAAGGAGACGGUCGUGGGCCUCGAGCGCGAGCGUGACUUCUACUUCAGCAAGCUCCGCGACAUUGAGCUCCUGGUGCAGCAGGCGGUGGAGGAGGACCCUGAGCUGGAGAAGCAAGAAGACGGCCUCGUCAAGCAGAUCCAGACCAUCCUGUACUCGACGGAGGAGGGCUUCGAGAUCCCGGCAGAGGGCGAGGCCGUGGACGACCAGGAGACUUUCUAGAUGGGGUUGAGAGGUGCUUUUGGGCGAAGCAGAGAGGAAGCCCAUCGGAUGUUUGGGAUGCGAAGGUCUUGUCGGGAGCGACGAGGCAAAAAGCACAUGGGUUUGGCGCUAGUGCAAAUACCCAGCGGCACGUAAUAAUCAGUAUAUCGGAGAUGAGGAGGCCGAGUAGUACUCGGACAGUCGAGGCCGAAGUCGGUCAGAGUUUGCGGCGGUCUGGCCCCGUAUGAGGAGUCAUGAUAGAAUCAAAACGUUUUGUCUGGAGCAUCGAGUCAUUCGUGGUUAUCCAUCUUUAUUGAGAGUGUAUUUGCUGUGACGAACCACGUGCCAAUGCAGCGAUGCCCGAGACAGAUGACUGGCUCAUAGUUGUCUUGCUAGCUGGUCAUAGAACAGUUCCAGCCUCGACUGCCGGCAGACACAAAACGUCUUGUCUAAGAAGUGUAAGCCAUGGCUUGUCGAGUGUACACAUAAUGUUUGUCAUCAAGUCACAGCCUUGGCUGAGCGUCGAUU